AGUCUGUUAACUGACUAGAAGUCUUGUUGGCAAUGUUUUGUUAAGAAUUACAUACAAAAAGAAUAUUUGGUUUGUUAUGCUUUGUAGUUAGCUUCGUAAACACUUCUUGGCUAGGAAUUCGUAUAGGCUAGAUAGUUGACUCAUACAGUUACCUUCUUAAGUUUUGAUGGAAAGAAGUUGGUCAGUUUGUAGUUUGUGAGAUGACAGUUAUCUCUUGGAAUAAGUUGCUGCACUGUGAAGAUGGUAAUCUUCAUGCUGCUAGUGGCUGAAUAUUCCUAUUCCAAAUUUUGAGCUCAUUUACAUUCUGACUGCUUAAUUAUGUGAUAUAGUUCUAAGUUGAUAACUUAAGGCAGAUUGAAGCUAAAUAGACUGUAUAUUUCUCCUGUGGUUGUGAAAGGUUCUAUUAGACAUUCUGAAGACUCCUACUGCCUGUCUCCAGCCAUAAAGAAAGAAUGUACAGGUGCUCAUCUGAUUAUUUAGGCUUUUCUCCAGAGUCAGUAGUGAUCUGCUUCAUUUUUUAUUUCUCCCUGAAAGAUAGGAAAAAUUGCUGUGUGAAUGUGCCCCUCUGACUACACCAGCAGCCCCAGUGACUAGAGCUAGUGUAGAAUUCGUCUUACUUUAUGCAUCCAAUAUGUGCUACAGUGCAAGCAGCAUGUUUUACUGGAAGUGCUUAUAAACUUAAGUUUUCUUCUUGUCUUUGGAGCUUUCCUUAACACAGUAUCAUUCUUCCCAAUCAAGUUAACUUUAGCAGUACAGUUGGCCCUAGGAGGGCAUUUUGUUGUAUAUGUUGAUUUAAACUUGCAGGAUUUUUCCAAAUGUAAAGGAUUUAUAGACUCUAAAACAGAGAUAUGUAAAAGCAUAUUCCUGUAUUUGCUGAAGGCAUAGAAGCUCUAGCAGAUAAGGUGCUCAUCCUUUCCUCAUUCCUAUCUCCUCACUUUGGGCCAUUGGCUCCUAUCAACACAAAACUGAGUCCUGAAGCACAGCAUGAAUACAAGAGAAAUACAGAGUGGCAACCAACAUAAUUGAAGGCAGUGAAGACUCCUUUCACUUCACCUAUCUGGCACAACUGCUUCAGUGACUAGAAUUAGCAGUAUAAUACACAAUUCAUUAGGAAGCUGAAGGCAUAAAAGUUUGCAGUCACAGUCAGGGCUUUAGUAAGUUUUCUUGGUGUUCAUCUUUAGGGACACCUGCUUCACUGAGAAGCAGUCAUGCUGAUGUGGCAGGAGUCUUUUCAAAUUAUUUCAAUGAUAAUUUCUGCUUUGUGGCUUUCAGCGUCCUCUUUUUUUUUCAACAAAGAUUUAUCAAAUGCCAGAAAGCUAAUUAUGCAGAGAAGAAGACAAACAGGAAUGUCAACAACAGAAACUACAAAGAUCUGCAGUAUUUCUGGCAGCUGGAGUCAUGCACAGACAUGAUGAAGCACGUAGUUUAAGCUGUGUUUUGUCCACACCCAGCUCAUACACAACGCAGCUUCGGAGAGCUACAGAAGCACUAGAUCUCUGAGUAACUCCCUUCAAAAAUAUUUGUGAUGUUCCUUGCUAAGGCUUUGCUGAGUGGAGGAAGUGGUGGUGGUCAAGGAGAGAGCCUUGUACGUGGCCUAGGAGGUCUCCUAACAGGAGGUGGCCAUGGAGGAAAUCUUGGAGGACUUGUUGGAGGUCUUGUGAAUCUGAUAAGUGAAGCAGCAGCUCAGUAUAAUCCGGAGCCACCACCACCUCGCAACCAUUUUACAAACGUGGAAGCUUAUGAGAGUGAGGAAAUUAGACAGUUCCGUCGCCUUUUUGUCCAGCUGGCUGGAGAUGAUAUGGAAGUGUCUGCUACAGAGCUAAGGAACAUCCUGAACAAAGUGCUUUCCCGACAUCAAGACUUGAAGACGGAUGGCUUCAGCUUAGACACAUGCCGCAGCAUGGUAGCUGUCAUGGAUACCGACACAAAUGGCAAACUGGGCUUUGAAGAGUUCAAGUAUCUGUGGAACAACAUCAAGAAAUGGCAAUGUGUGUACAAGCAACACGAUACCAAUCAGUCGGGCACUGUUGGGAGAGCUCAGCUGCCGGCAGCCUUGCGGGCUGCAGGGUUCCAGCUGAACGAACAGUUCUGUCAAGUAAUUGUGCGCAGGUAUGCCAGCGAGGAUGGUAGCAUGGAUUUUAACAACUUCAUUAGCUGCUUGGUGCGACUGGACAGCAUGUUUCGGGCCUUCAAGUCCCUGGACAGCAAUGGAAAUGGGCAGAUCAAAAUGACCAUUGAAGACUGGCUGCAGCUGACCAUGUAUUCGUGAAAGCAAAGCAGAGAAGAAUAAGCUUCAUCUGAAAGAUAUGCAUGGAAGACUACAAUGCUGUAUUAUAGAACUGUAGCCAUUUCUUUAUUCUAAGGCAGAUGUAGCUAAAGAUACUUUGCUUAGCUGGGAUUCCUCUUGUACAUGCAUUAGUCUGCUUUUCUGAAGAGUUUGUGUAAGUUGUCAGUUGUACAAAUGCAUCAGUCAGUCUAAGAAAAUUAUCUCUAGACUCUGAAAUGAGAGAGUAUGUUGAAGGAUCAAAGCUUAGUUACUUCUUCACGUAAUGUGGGUUUAUAUAGGAGUUUAAGUAUUAUAUAAAAAACUCUAUGUUUGGUAGUGUUUUGUGAUGUUACAGUGCCAAUUUGUCAGCAUUCACUAAGCUGAAAUAAAGCUCUGCUUGCGUGAAGGCAGUCACUGGUAAAGAUGAAUAGAUUCCUAAAUGGUGUUGUUAUUUCUAACCAAGGGGAUAAAUGUUAAAGUUGCAAUGACUAUAAUGACCAAUUAAUAUUUUGCUUCCUUCCUACUACUUCUUUUUCAUGCUGGUCUGCUGAAAUAAAAUCUGAGUGGUAUUGUCAGUUCUACUUGCUGGCCGGAACAAAAUUAAAGACAUAACAGGCUACCUUAGCAACCUUUUUCUCCUUCCUACAACUCUAUUACUAGUCUUCUCUCUCUACUUGAAGCCUUAAUAUAGUUAUAAUGAAAACAGCUUAAAAUAUUGCAUUUAUAUUUAGAGAAGCUUGCUGUAACAGUGCAGUCACACAGCAGCCAGCCAACCAAAAUCAAUUUGUAGCUAUCAGAGGUAACUUUCAUCAGAGUGCAGCGUCCCACUUGAGCUAAGUAUGCCGUUUUAAGAUGUCAAUUUUUGAGUAAUAGAACAAGGAAUAACAUGAACUGUCAAAAGCAUGUUAUUUUUGAAUUAAGGAUUACAUAGCUGAUGACAAGCAGCUCUUUCACUGCAGAGUGGCAAGGAAGGUUUCUCUGCAGGGCUCUGCAGCUUUAAAAGAAAAUUGUCUAGGGUGUGUGCUGGCUGACUGGAAUGUGAAAUGAGGAGUGGAGCAGCACAGCCUGCUCAGAGACUCCAGAUGUAAGAGCCUCUUCCCCUCCUCACAGAGGUAUCAGUGACUAAUGGAGAAAUACCACACAAUAUCUGCAGGGCAACUGAAUACUAAAAUGGGGUUCUGUGGUUUGGUUUUGUUUCUGAAUUUCCAUAGCUUUGAUUUCUAAAUCUUAUACUCAGCAAUUAAUAUUUUCCAAACUGAUGAAAUCUCCUCACUGCUAUGCUUGCAAAAGCCCUUUACUUGUAAUUUUGGAAAAAAUAACAACUCUUGCUUAGAUUUUUUUCCUCCUGCACCGUGCUCAAUAUCAAGCUGGGUAACACAAAGUAAAAAUGUUAAUGUUGGCUCAAACUGUGAUUAGAAAGGUCGGUUCCUACCUAACAACAUUCACCUUUCUCCUGUAUAUUCAAUGGAAAAGCACACAGUUGUCCUCAGAGUAAGAGAGGGCAUGAGGGAAAGUGUGAUAGCUCCACACGAGCACAAACCUACCAGGUUUGCGUCAGAAUUUCCCUUUUGUUACUGGUUACAACUUGCAUGUAGCAAGAGGCAGCUGAAAUUUUUGAGUUACAGCAAUAGCUUCUUACAUAAUGAGCCUGGAUAGGAACAUGAGACAUGCAACUGCAGUUCCUCUCCAGGUGUUCCAGUUGUAGCAUCUCUGUGGUAGCCCUGUAAGCAACUCAGGGUUACUUGGCUAAUCAGAACAGGAAUGAGUCACACACACAUUGAAACUAAGAAGAGGAAACUAGUUUCCUUUAAGAAAACAAGGUCUGUUGAGGCUACACUAUCCUUUGGCUGUUUUAUAACGUACAUACAAAUUUAUGAAUGUUAAUGUUCAGCUUUGGUAUUUAGAGAAUUGGAACUUAGCUCACACGUGUUGUGUUUCCUCAACAUAUACUUGGGUGCAUAGGGUACAAACACGGCUAGACAUGUGUAGAACAACUAUUGCAAGUGUUCUCUGCAUUGGUGCUACAGAAACACGAAGGAUUUUCUAGUGUUUUCAGUUUAACACCCAUCUGUUCGCAGCAACCCUAUUGUUUCCCCUUAACCAAAACACCAGAGCAUCUGGAAGUUAGCCAACACCUUAGGACUUGGUAGAGCUAGUCACAACACGAUCUUACAAGUAAAGUAACUGCGUUCUCAAAUGGCUGGAGUUCUCUGUGUCAGACUGCACUCAGUUUUGAUUAUUGGAUUUUAACGCUUCAACAGAAGUAGCAUGAGCCUUAUUAGCUCUUGUCAUCUUUCUGUAUGUAGCCAAAUCUGUGUUAACUGGCUUCAGCAGUAGUUUCUGAAUGAAAACAGCAUUUAUGAGAGAAUGUUGCCCUCUUCUAAUGAUUAAAAGCUGACCAAAGUUAUAUAUCCUUUGACGUGCACCAAGAUAACUUAAAACUAUUCCUAUUUUUUGCUAAAACAUUUCCUUAAAAUUAAUAGGUCUUUAAAAUAUAGGAUGUUCAAGUGUUAGAUGCCUUGAAAAAGAUUGAUUAGACCAUCAGUGUAAAGAAAAAAACAGUUACCUGUGCAAACCAGUUCUGAAUUGUUAUUGAAGGCUAAAUAAAAUUGAAUCUUAGCAGUUUAAAAUCCUGCCAAAUGUAUAGCUUCAUAAAGGACUGAACACAUUAUCAUGUAUACUUGCUGAUCAAGGACUAUGCUAAGAUCUAAGCUCAAUAUCAAAAAUCCCUGUUUCUUAGGAAGCAAGACUUCCAAAGCACUCUACAGAGCAGUCUUAGCAUUUCUCCACUGGGGAGCUCCAUAUUCCACUAUUUAGUAGGAGGAAACUACGAACAGAAAGGUUAAGAUUGGUAUGCUAACGUGGGCAUUAGAAGCUGGUGGGAGAGCCAGGAAUAGGCUCAAGAUCUGGCUGCACAACACAGAUUCACCCAGGAGGCUGCCCCUCUUUCACUUGUCUUGUUUGUGCUGUUCUCAGACUUAGCGAGCCCACUCUUUCAAUAAAGAAGAAAUUCUUCUUGAAAUGUACAGCACAUUAUGCACUGAAGGAAAUCUGCUUUACGUUUUUGUUUGAUUUUAGAAUGUUUUUGGUAAGUGUCCUUAUGGUGAAUGUUCCAAACUAUGGGCUACCAGUCGUCACAGCUAUGCUUUCAUUAACUGUGUCCCAUCACCUAACGCUUACGUAUGGCUUCUUCCCUAGACUGGAUGUUUCCCAAAACCCUUAAGUAACUUUCAGUGUGGUCACAGAAACAUGACUGACUUAAACGUAUAUUUCAGUGGGUAUAUGCAGUUUUCCCUAUCUGGAAAUAUGAUGCAGCUUACAUAGAAUUAAUCACAAAUCCCAUCAAAGAAAACUUCAAAUGUUUUGUUGGAAGUGCUUUGUAGUGAACACAUUGAAAUGUUCUUUCAGAUCAAAACUGCAAUUAUCAAACAGGCUGCUACAAUUAAUUAAUUGCAUUUCUGGUUUAUAAAGUAGGACAAUGUAUUUGCCUCAAAAUAGCAUGUAGGGCAAUGCAUUUGCUUCAAAGAAAAGCCUAAGAGAGACCAUGUGCAUCAUCAGGCUGUACUUUUGCUGGCAUAUGUUUUAUUGCUGAAGGUUCUUAGGAAGAAUUAACUCAAGACAACAGUCUUAUUGUUGGCAUCUUUAUUCUGGGAUGCUGCACUAGCCCCCUGAGUUUUACUGAGUGCCAGAGCUACGCGAACUGUUACAUUUACUUUAAGCUGGUGUAUUCUGUUCUUGUUCAGAAGUUUCUUGGAGGCCGUGUGCUAAUGAAAGUCUCAUAAGUUGUAUCCAAUCUUUUUUUGUUUGGGUGUUUAUAAGAUGUUGGAAAUACAUAUGUUACUACUUCAUCCCUAGUAAUACACAAAUUUAGAAAGCUGUUAGUAUUUUCUGCAGGAAGAAAUGAUAAUUUAAUGUUGCAAUCUGCCUUAGUGCACGUUACAUAUUUGAUUUGUACAACAUCUUUUAAAGUGAUAUGCACUAUUAACUGUGACUCCUGCCAUACAUUUUUUG